ACACACUUUUUCAUUUGAAUUCUUCUAACUCAGAAGUUGUGACUUGGCGAUGUGGGUCAGAGUGGGAAAAAAUAACUCAAUUUCUCGAAGAUGUUCCAUUGAACUAUCUUUGCUUCGCCCACUCAUCAGAAGUUGUGUCUUCUAAAGGUAGGUACAUAAACCUAUCUACAUGCCUACCUAUAGUUAGUAAAGCCCAGAGAACAAAAAGUAAAGUUAUAAAAGAAGUUGAUAUACCAACUGCAGGUUAUUUCAACCGAGUCAUUUAGACUGGAGACAUCGCAGCGCAAUAUCUUUGUUCUAUAUUGCUAACUUAAUUGGGGCUUUAUUCAAAUAGUUACAGACUUUUGAUUCAAAAAAGAUAAUGUUGCGCUUUUGGAUUGUGUUGCUUAUUGUGUGUUGUGCCAGUGCGAUCAGAGCCGAAGACAGUCGAUGGGUCUGGGGAAAGGGCAACCGUAAUCAACGGGCAUCAUUUAGUAACGAUGAAGUGCCUAAAUAUGAUAAUUUCUAUGCUCGUGAGAAAGAUCGUGAACCAACCACGCGAAAACCACCUCCAGGACAAACAUCUCAGGAGGACUAUUUAAAUCCAGACGAUCUAAGAAACUACAAUGGGCCACCAAAUUUUGGAUACAACCCGCCGUUCGGUGGUCAAGGAGGAGGAGCUCCGACAAAUAACUUCCCUCCUGGUUAUGGACCUCAACAAGGUGCGAAUGUUCCGGUACAAGGUAAUCCAAACAGUGGUUUUCCUUAUCCAGGCGGGCAGCAAGGUUUUCCUGGAUCUGCAGGUGGUGGCUAUCCGGGAGGAUAUCCACAGAUUCCUACAAAUGGAUUCCCCAACCAGGGUGGGUACCCAAAUCAAGGAUCUAUCCAGGGAUUUCCCCAGCCAUCAGGACAGGGAUAUCCAAGUGCACAAGGAGGCUAUCCAGGGGCUUAUCCAGGAGGUUUCCAGGGCCAACAGGGUGGUUUCCAGGGGCAAGGAGGCUUUCCAGGACAAUUCUUGGGCGGAAUACCCUAUCCCCAACAGCAAGUUGGAGGUUAUCCCGGUCAAGGCGGUUUCCCUUCUCAAACUGGAUACCCAAGUCAAUUUCCCGGAGGAUCACGAUUUCCUCAAGGAGCAGGUGGUCAACCUCCGAUCGGACAAUACAAUGGCUGUGGACCGUUUGGAGGUUGUGGACAGCAGGCGCAACAACCUGGUCAAUACCCUGGACAAUUUCCCUACCCCUAUCCAUCUGGAUUAGGUGGAAUAGGACAGUAUCCCUCCUUCCCAGAACCCUUUGCACAUCCUCAUCAUGCGGGAAAUCCUUAUGGCGUCACACCUUACAACAGCAAUGCAGGGGGACAAGCACUAUCCCCCUCUGAUGAUUAUGAAGACUUGAGCAAAAAUGGCACUGACAAUACAAAUAGUGCCCUAAAAGCUGAAGGAAAAGCUUUCAAUUCUGCACGAAGUUCACAGCAAAAUUCAUCCGAUACGAAAUUACAUAAACAUAAAAAAGCAUAAGAGAAGAUUGAAAAGUGGAAGUUUUGUUUUUUUAGAAAUUAAGGCUUGUAAAAGUUAAGAUUUUUUAUUAAGAAUUUUUUUUUACAAUAGAAAAGUUUAAAAUUAUUAAAUAUAAGACAUUUUUGUACAUACCAAUUGUUGUUAUAACGAUAAUCGAAUAAAAUAAUGCUCCGGCAAAUGUCCAUUGUGA